AUGGAAUCGUUACCGAUGAAUACUCUGCUCGAAUUCAAUAAAGAUACACUUCAAACCAUUCGAAAGGAUUACAAUUUGGAUAAGCCAGGAAGUAUGGAUCAAGCUAUCGACAUUUUACAAGAGUGGGUGAAAAAACAAAAUCAUUUUGAGAAAAAAGAUUAUCCCAGAGAAUAUUUAGAGAGAAGAAUAAUUUUCUGCAAGGGUUCAGUGGAGCGCGCAAAGUCAAAAAUAGACAGAAAUUGCACUCUUAGGACGUUGAUGCCGCAGUUCUAUAAAUUUAUAGAUUUUAAGACUGAGUACAAGUAUUCGGACAUUAUGUGGGAUGGGAUAUUACCUAAAAUGACUGAUGACUACCACAGAAUUUACUUAUUAAAAAAUGUUGGAAAACGUUUUGAUUACGAUAUAAUGAGUUACUUUCGAUUGACAAUUGCGAUGGCAGAAUACAUCACAGCUCAUGAUUAUAGCAGAGGAAUGAUAGUAGUUAUUGACUAUUUAGAGACGGAUCUAGUAGAACUAUUAAAGAAACUGGACUUUGUUGAAGUGCGCCAAGUUCUUACGUUAUUAAUUGAUGGUUACGGGAUGAGAAUAAAAGCUAUGCAUAUAUUAACUCCCUCAAAAGCCGUGGAAGCCGUAGUUACACUUUUAAAACAAAUUCUCAGUGCAAAAGUGGGUCAACGCAUUCAAAUACACAAGGAUUUGGAAUCACUACACAAGGUUGUCCAGAAAGAUGUGUUACCAGAAGAGCUAGGCGGAAAUGAGAGACCUAUUACUAAAUUGCACAGAGAAUGGGUGGAUGUUUAUAGCUCAAAGGAGUUUCAAGAAUAUUACAGUAAAAUGAAAGCAGCUUCUACAAAUGAAAAGUACAGACAGACUGAUAAAUUUAACGAAGAGUAUAUGGGAAUAGCAGGCACAUUUAAAACAUUAAAUGUAGAUUAG